UGUCAUCCAAGAGUCAUGUCUUUCUCUCCCAAGUUUCCCUUGUAUUUAGGAUUAGGCCAUUCAACCCUAUGUUUGUUGGGACACAACAGCUUUGUUAUAAACCCUUGGGAAAACCUUGAUUUAUGCUUUCACUCUUUGUUCUUUUGAUAUUAAUAGUUUUUUUUCAUGUUUUCCAGGAGUAGAUCCAUGAUGGAUUUGGAAUCAUGCGUGCCACCAGGCUUUAGAUUUCAUCCUACUGAAGAAGAACUUGUAGGAUAUUAUCUCCAAAGAAAGAUUAAUGCACUCAAAAUUGAUCUAGAUGUUAUUAUCGAGAUUGAUCUACACAAGAUGGAGCCGUGGGAUAUCCAAGCAACAUGUAAUGUAGGGAAUGAAGAACAAACCGAGUGGUACUUCUUCAGUUAUAAAGAUAGGAAGUAUCCAACGGGAACAAGGACGAAUAGAGCCACUGCGGCUGGGUUCUGGAAGGCAACAGGGAGGGAUAAAUCUGUGCUUUCUAAGAACAAAAUUAUAGGGAUGAGAAAGACCCUGGUUUUCUAUAAAGGCCGUGCACCUAAUGGUCGGAAAACUGAUUGGAUCAUGCAUGAGUAUCGACUCCAAACUUCUGAACUCGGACCGCCCCAAGAAGAAGGAUGGGUGGUGUGCAGGGCAUUUAGAAAGCCGAGUCCUAAUCAAAGGCAAGGCUUCGAAGCAUGGAACCAUGCUUACUAUAUAAGAGAUAGCAGCCAAGUUAGGCCUCAUAUUUCCAUUUCAGAUCAUAUAGCAGCAACUCCAUCUCACCUUCAUCUUCACACGAAUCAAGGAUCGAGUUUUUAUGAAUCCUAUGGUUCCGAUAACCACAAUUUUUUGGACAGCCAACAACAAGUCAUUGAACUACCGCAACUGGAUAGUCCCCCGGCCAUUACUGUCUCACCAAGUUUAGCAGAAAAAGAAGUGAUUUUCCACUGCGAUGAAGAAAAAAACAAUAAUAGCAGCAGUCAAAUACACAUUAUCGACUGGAAGAACUUUGACAACUUGAUUAACUCUCAGUUGACCGAUACCACAUCUUAUCCAUUUCAAAGUACUGCGACUCUAAUAUCCCACAACGAUGAAGUAGAAGCUCAAGAACAACACAAUCUGCUGGGUUGCUUCCCUGAAUCAUAGCGGAAGCACAAAGUUCUAUAACUCAUUUAUGCUAUAGAAUGCCUGAUUCAGACACCUGAAACUCUUGUGUCAAAUGAAUAUUAUAUAUAUAUAUAUAUAAAUUUGAAAAUUAUCCUUGAUCAGAUUUACCAAACGUAUAAAGAGAGA